AGUUCUUGCAGUUCUUCAAAGAUGCAUGCAGCAUUGUUUGUUUGAUAGAUGGACUGCAGCAGUACAAGCUGAAGACCUGCGCUGGGACGUGUGUGUCUGUCUGAGCCGCUUUUAACAUGUGAAAAAAAAACUACCGGAGUAAUUUUAAGAUUUUCAUCAAGAAAGUGCAGAGAAAAGUUUUACUGAGGAUAAAAGUCGACGGGAGGAAAGACGUUGUCGAAUUCGCUUCAGAGGCCUGAGUGCCAUGCCAGAGGGGUCCCAUUCUGUUCUCCACCAGGGCCCAAUGGGGGAAGAAUCUCCUCAGUUGUCCUCGCCCCUCUCCACCAGUGAACAUGACCAGGCAAACGUUGACUUGGGCUCAGACUGUUACAGCCGGCUAUGUGUGGAGCCAUUGGACGGAGAGGGUGAACGUCCAGUGAGCCUGGCGUCCACCCUGUCCUCUGGUUCAUCCCGUGAUAGUCGCAGCCUAUUUGGGAGCACCGUAGCCCUUCCUUCCUCGACCACCCCACCCAUACAAAGCGAGGAGGACAUAGACUUGGAGUUGAGCCCAGCUGAAAGCACCGGAGAGCAGGCAGGGGACCGAAGUCCCUCCCUCACAUGCACCAGGGGCCGCUGGCAGGAACGGCUGGAACCCAGGGUGAUCAGCAACCGGUGGAACAACAACGCCACCUCCAACAGGAAGGCAAGUGGUGAAAUACCUCACAUCCCCGCCCCGCCUGUCGUCACUCACGCCAUGGCACCCAACCCAAAGCUGACCUAUGUGGAUCGUGUUGUCAUGGAGAUCAUUGAGACAGAGCGCAUGUACGUCCAGGACCUGCGCAGCAUCGUGGAGGAUUACUUGGCUCACAUUAUUGAUAUGAGUAACCUUCCCAUACGACCAGAGCAAGUGUGUGCCCUGUUUGGAAACAUAGAGGACAUCUAUGAGUUCAACAGUGAACUGCUGCAGUCCUUAGACAUGUGUGAGAACGACCCUGUGGCCAUCGCUCAAUGCUUUGUAAAUAAGAGUGAAUACUUUGAAAUAUACACUCAGUAUUGCACCAACUAUCCCAACUCGGUGGCAGCACUGACUGACUGCAUGAGGAGUAAAACUUUGGCCAAGUUCUUUAGCGACCGACAAGCUGCUCUGAGGCGCUCCCUGCCUUUGGGAUCCUAUCUGCUAAAGCCGGUCCAGAGGAUCCUGAAGUAUCACCUGCUACUUCAGGAAAUUGCAAGGCACUUCGACUCAGACGAGGAGGGCUAUGAAGUUGUUCAGGAGGCCAUAGACACCAUGACCGGAGUGGCCUGGUACAUCAAUGAUAUGAAGAGGAAACACGAACAUGCUGUCAGAGUGCAGGAGAUACAGUCUCUUCUGAUCAACUGGAAGGGUCCUGACCUGACCACCAAUGGAGAGCUGGUGCUGGAGGGCACCUUUCAUGUCCUGCGGGCCAAGAACACCCGUACACUCUUCCUCUUCGAAAAGAUGCUCCUUAUUACCAAGAAAAGAGGGGAACACUAUGUCUACAAGACCCACAUCUUAUGCUCCACCCUAAUGCUACUUGACAGUGCCAAGGAUCCUCUGCUCUUCAGUGUCAUCCAUUUCAAGCAUCCCAAGCAACCCCAUACAGUGCAGACCAAGUCAGUAGAAGAGAAGCGUCUCUGGGCCCAUCACAUUAAGAGGCUGAUUCUUGAGAACCACAACACCAUCGUCCCACUGAAGGUAAACAACACAGUCCCUCAUACAGGAGUUUUAUUCUUCUCAGCUAAUGAAGAAUUGCCUCGUAUUUUAAACACACUGUCUUUUUCAUUAAAGGCAAAAGACGCCAUCCUGGACAAUUCUAACUAUCCAGGGAAGUACCACUAUAGUCCUGAGAGGCUGAAGAAAGCAGAGUCCUGCCAAGCUGACGACUUCCAUCUUAAAGGGCAAAAUGGGAGAAGGAGAUCAGAGCCUGCAAAACAAAUCAUAAGGAGCACAAGAGCUGUUUUAAAGCAUGCAGACAGUGAGGGUGCACUGCUGGGGGAGAGAUGCUCCCUUCAGCCAGCUACUAGUGUCAGUACACUGGCCUCCACUCUAUACGAGCCCCAGGCUGAGAGUCCAUGUGUGGAGGAUGUAAUUUCCAGAAGGGACUCUCUGGAGCAGCUAAGUCCUACUGACAGUGACCUGAAACUGGGCUCUUCACCCAGUGAGGGGGGGCAGGAGCUGGAGAAGGAAGAGGAGGCAAAGGAAGAGGAGGAGGAGGGGGAGAGUUACAAGGAAGAUAUACUGAUGGGAGACGACCAGGUAGCCGACUUUGCCAGCUCAGUGCUGGCAGCCAUCUCCUGCUGGCACUAUAGAGCCAGGGCUUUGCUUUCUACUCACUUCACAACGGAUGAUCAGAUCAGAGAUACGGCUGAACUGAAAACUAUACAGAGAGAGGAGGUAGAAACUCACAGGCAGGAGGAAAAACAUGUGGAUGUGGCUGUGAAAGAAACUCUUGCCACACAGGUCAAUGCAGAGGAGCUGUGCCCUCUAGACUGUGUCCCUCAAGCAAGGAAGAGCGAUCAGCUGGAGAUGCAUUACUCCCAGUGCCACGAGUCUCCUGUCUACCCUUUGCAACAAGAAGCCGACACACCAGAACCUCAGGAUACCUCAAGAGAAACUGGAGAGGAAGAUGAAGGCGAGAGUGAUUCUUCAGUUCUCCAAGUGGAGGAGACGAGUGUACUGACAAAUGGGGAGCUCUCAGAGGAGGAAGAAGAGGCGCUUUCAGACAAUAAAAGCAUCCUACCUUCCUCUGUGUUGGACCAGGCAAGUGUGAUAGCGGAGCGCUUCAUCAGCAGCCUCUCCAGACGGAGCAGUCUGGUCUCAGAGGACUUGGGUUCCCUCGCCUGCCCCUCACCCUCAGUAGAUAAUGACGUCUUCAAAAGCCCCUCAGCUUGCAUGGACUUUGAGGAACAGACCCAAAUGUUGGCCAGCUCUUCCCUAGAGCCACCGGUGACCUCAGAGGCUUACCUUUCAACUCCUGCACACGAUCCUGCACUGAACGCCCUCAUUGAAGGGGAACUCAGGUCCACUCUCUCUAAACAAGAUCGCCUCCUCAUCCGCAAGAUCAGAAGAUACUACGAGCACGCUGAGCACCAAGAUGCUAACUUUAGCAUCAAGCGUAGGGAGAGCCUCUCCUAUAUCCCAGCAGGUCUGGUCCGGCACCUGAGCCGACAGCUUAACAGUGUUCCUCAGGAGCAGGCUGUCCCAGUCCACAAGAAAGGCCUCUCUCGGAACCGCCCCACUUCCUGGUCUGUGUUUGACCUUCCUGGCUUGGAAAAGAUUCGAAACACUGACACUCAUCAAAAGGCGGAACCACGGAGACCAGUGGAGGUCAAGGCUAGAUCUCCGAGCAUCACAGAUUCCUCUACCACAGAAGAAGAGGUCAGACUCUCAUCAGACAUGCACAAGGUUCUGCAAGACAUGGAAAUGGAGGAGGAGAGCCAGGAAGUCCUGCAGAUUGCGGAGGAGCAACUUAAUGACUCAAGAUUAGAAGAGAUGCAGGAUAUCAGCUCAGACACUUCAGAUGUUACAACCAGUAAGCAACCACCUCCUAUUUUAGAAGAGUCUGAAUUAAGCACUGCCUCAGAUGGCUCCUCCAUCUCAUCCCCCACCACCACCUUUCCAGCAGUGGGAGGAUCCUGUCAGGACUCAUCUGAAGACAAGAGCCAUGUAAACCAUGGCCAACUACCCAAGAUUAUUAGCUUCCGAACGAGUAUUGACGAGGACCAGUUCCUACAAGACAUGGGAAAGAUGAAAAGCAAGGUGUUCCAGCUGGCACGUCAGUACAGUCAGCGCAUCAAAAAUAACAGACCAAUGGUCUGGCAGAGGAACCGAGAAAGAGCAAAUCAACAGAGCUUGAAGACUAUGCCUGCUGUCCACGAGGAGAAGAUGCAAUUAAGGAAAAAGGGUAAACCCAACCUGAGAUUGCCCUUAAAGACUUGCGAUCAGGCGGUCAUCCACGAAGAGCGUUCUCCGAGCCCGGGCCAGAACCCCAGCUCUGAAGCCAGCUCCCAGAGCACAGUUAGCUGCCCACAAAGCCCACCGCCAGAGACAGAUACCUUCCACUGGCCUGACGUACAGGAGUUGCGCAUCAAAUACACAGACACCUCCCACUCCUCAAAAUUAACCUGUAGCUGCACAGUCCCAAACGGGAUUCUGGAGUGCUGUGCAAACGGGUGUAAUGGCUGCUCACACAAGUACAAUAGUGCCUCUGAUCUUCACAAAGCUCUGACAGACUGUCCGAGGACACAGUCUGAAACGAUAUAUAAAGAAAGGUGUCCUGUGGUAGAGGACUGGACCCAGCCCCAGCUUCAGCCUCUGCUGUGCAGGUGGAGCUCCUUGGACCACAUGCUUGGGUCUCUUCCCCUCCAUGAAGUACAAAACCUUCAGGAACCUGUGAGAAGCUGCUACACAGCCAGUCAGGUGUCUCUGAUAACAAAAGAAACUGACAAACUACAAGAUGGGGACAGCGUUUUUCAAGGGGGCCUAGACUGUGCCACAAAGUCUGCUGCCCCGGUUUCAGGGAAGUUGACUGAAAGUAAUCUUGUGAAAAGCUUACGAGAGAAAUUCCAGAGCUUAACCACAAGUUCAUGAACAUGUGAAUUAUGUACAUUUUUAUUAUCAGGGACUAUCAUGUGCCCCACAAAACUUAACAAAGAAAAGAAUGCAACUUUUUGUCUGCACGUUGUUUUCACUGUAGGACAUAGUGAUGAUGUUUGGCACCAGUGUAACACAAAGGGAUAUUAUUGGUCAUCUGUGAGGACCAUGAGGGGAAAGUAUAUUGUCUUUUAAAAAGGUGGGUUGCAAUAUUUGUACAUUGGGUAUUUGACUGCACAAGUUUAUGUAAAAAUGUGUAUAUAGUCUCCUGUAUCAAUUGAAGAUUAGGUUCUACUCAAUUGUUAUAUGCAUCUAUUUGGUUCCCUCCCACUGUUGAUGCUUCUUGCUACAGUAUAACCACUAUAGCAAUGUUACCAUUUAACCAUGUAAACUGUCAGAUAUAUUUUUAGGGGAAAACAAAAAGGAGCUAAAGUGUCAUUGACGAGAGAGCUGUGCUUUUAGCAAAGUCUCUGACCGACUGUACACCAAAGAGGGUUUCCUUUUAACAUUUGUUGACUUUCAUACAUGUGGUCACAGCAGUUAUUUGUGUCAUUAAUUCCACGUUUACUGUAGCUGCUUCUAAAACUGUUUUCACAUACUGUAUCACUGGAGCUUUAUUUUUCUCAAUAAGUUGUAUAUUUUCUUUAAUAUUAUUUAUAAAACUGUAUAUUUGGGAGAUUAGCCUCAUGUAAAUACUGACCUGUAGCAACCCUUUUUACUUUCCCAUUCCAGAAAAUAUAUUGUUUCAUACUUGAAGUUUCCCAUAUUUUCAAUAAAAAGGGUUCACAUACUGUAGGUCCUUUACUUUUCCUAAUUUUAUGAGAA